UUACGCGUUACGUUGUAGCUGUUCUUGUUUUGGCAGUUUGUUUCGAUAUUCACGGAUUGUCAGUCCAACAAGAAGACGUUUUGUCUUGAUUGUCCAACACGAAGCUGAGAUGGUGUUGAAUGUGCAGUGACUGUAGUGUGUGGGCUGACUUCAGCAGCUGGAAAGUGUUUGUAUCAAAAAUGGCAGAUGGAGGCAGUGAUGAUGAAGUCAUUCACCUGGCAAGCUUCAAUGUCCACCGCAGCCAAGGCUCCCAUGCCCGUCAAAGGGAGCUCAUCACCAUUUCUGAUGAUUCAGAUGAGGAGCCUGUGACUUUGGUGCCAGGCAGUCCUGUUUUAGUCCCAGAUGAUGCUGAUGAUGACGAUGUUAGCAUACUGGAGCCACUAACACCUGCACGCAGACAUAUAAUUCGCCCAGCAGCGAAAUGGAGUGGGGCCUUAAACCUAAUUCAAGUUAGUGGUCAAAGUAGCUCAACUUCAGUUGAUCCUACAACUGAACCCAGCUACGCCCCCUCUACCUCCAGAGAUGCCAACGCAGACUUGUCACUUUUAAGACAGGUCAUGCAACCACAGACACCAGUACAAUCUGACACAUCUGGUCACACACAGCCUCAGCCUGGCUCAUCUACAGCUACACUGUCUCAGCCAAAACUCAGCACAAAGUCACUACAACAGCAUGGUACAUUAGCACAUACAAAAGUGGAGACUCAAGUUGAUUCUUCUUCUGAAACUCCAUCUACCUCCAUAAAUGCCAAGGCUAAUGCCAUAACAUCAAGAACAUCUGUACAAGUUCAUCUUCAGCCUGGAACUUCUGGACACACACAGCUAUACGCUGACUCCUCGGCACAAACGGUGAUGGAGCCCCAGGCGAGUACCUCCACCAGUGCCAUGCUCUCCUCUUGUGCAAACACUGUGUCAAGUACUUGCUCUACAAAAACACAGAAACAGACUAAUCCAAGUACACAUACACAAGACAACCCUCAGGCCAGUACAUCAUCUGUACAUGCUCAUGCACAGUCUCCUAUAGAUACACAGCCACAACCUGGGACAUCAACACAGAACCAGCCAUCUAAUACCACAACAGUACCACCCCUUCAGCAACCCCGCCUCUUCCAGGUCAAAGAUGUGAAGCUAGUUGUCCUUCCCCAGCAGCCAAACAUACAGACUCCUGCUCUAAUAACCCAGCCCCAGGUGCAGAUCCAGCCCCAGGGCCUGCUGAAGCCUUUGUCAGUCAAAUUCAUCCAAUCAGGCAAUCUCAUUCAAAUUGAGCCACAGGCCUUGGCUCAUGCACCUGCCAAAGCCCCAGUCCAGGCCCCCAAAGCCCCUCAGGUGAUACCAGUGAUACCCCCUGCAGUGCUAAUAGCUGCUGCCCCAGAAAGACUAGGACCUCCAGAGGCAGGUCAUCGGAUCAUCCUCGGGAGCCAGGCACCUGGAGGGGCUGUUCCCAAUUCUCAGCUCCAGGCCCAUAAUAACUUCAACAUCAUAGUGCGUAAUGCAAACGCUAACCCCCCUGCUCCACCAGCUCCCACAGCUUCUGUCCCCAAUGACAGAGAUGAGGCUCGUCUGUUUCCGGCCCUGAAUCCAGAGAGGGCUGUGCCAGGCCUUGGUCUUGUUGCAGUCCCUCCUGUACCAGAAGACAUUCCUCAAAUAGAGGAUGCAAGACCUGGCCCCUCUGCACCACGAGAGAAGCCCGAGCAGCAGCCCCACACCAGAUCCCUCAUCACUGGUGUUUUGGAUCUAUUCCCAGAUGUCCAAGAAGCCUAUGUAGCAGAACUGAUCCAAAAGAAAAAUGUGAAAGACUUGAAUGUUAUCUGUAACCUGCUGUUGGAGAAUCCCGAGUAUCCAAGGAGGGAGACUGCUGCAGCCUCAGCAGCUCCCACCAGCAUCCUACUGGAGUCUGGAGACACCCAGAUAGAGGUGACUGAGGACUUGUUCGACUACGCCAAGCUGGGCACUGUGGGGCCCGAGGCAGUGAUGCAAGCUGCAGACUUACUUAUGGCUGAUUUCAGGAUGCUCAGCUGUCAGGACAUAAAAUGGGCCCUCAACGCCUUGAAGGGACACUAUGCAAUCACACGCAAGGCCUUAUGUGAAGCUCUGAAGAAGUGGCAAGAUUCAGGAGACCCCUCAGGAAAGAGAAGGCGGAGCAGAACCUCCUCUGAACGCUGCUAUGUCGAUUUCCAUUUUGAGCAUGGUUCAGUGAAGUUUGAGAAGAGGAUGUACUUCUUGGAGAAUGACCGUCGCUACUGCAGGACGUACAGCAAUCUGGAGGCUUCUGUGCAGAAAGAGCUUUCAUUCUAUCAGCAGAAGGCCAAGGAAUGGGCAGAGCAUGAAGACUUCCUACUGGCCCUCCAGGUCAACGAAGAUGAAUAUAAGAAGGAUGGGCAGCUGAUUGAGUGUGGCUGCUGCUUUGGGGAGUUUGCGUUUGAGAAGAUGACCCAGUGUUCAGACGGUCACCUGUUCUGUAAAGAGUGCCUGGUUAAAUAUGCUCAGGAGGCAGUAUUUGGCUCUGGAAAGUCGGAGCUGAGCUGCAUGGAGGGGGGCUGCCCGUGCUCAUAUCCAGUGUGUGAGCUGGAGAAGGUCCUGCCGGAGAACAUUCUGUGUAAAUAUUAUGAGAGGCAGGCGGAGGAGGCGGUGGCUGCUACCUGCGCCGAUGAACUAGUGAGGUGUCCGUUUUGUAACUUCCCAGCCUUAUUGGACAAAGACAUGUCUCUGUUUAGCUGUCCCAACCCACGAUGCCGCAAGGAAAGCUGCAGAAAGUGCCAUGUCCAGUGGAAGCAGCAUGUGGGGAAGACAUGUGAACAGGUCCUGGAAAGGGAUGAGAUCCGCAUGAGGGUGCUCUUUGAGGAGCGAAUGACGGCAGCUCGGGUCAGGAAGUGCGUAAAGUGCGGGACGGGCCUGGUCAAGUCGGAGGGCUGCAACCGGAUGUCAUGCCGCUGUGGCAGCUUCAUGUGCUACCUCUGCCGAGAGCCCAUCACCGGCUACAACCACUUCUGCCAGCACGCCCGCUCUCCCGGAGCUCCCUGUCGCCACUGCCGAAAGUGUUCCCUGUGGACCGACCCCACACAAGAUGACGAGCGAAUCAUUCAGGAAAUCCAGAAGGAAGGAGAGGCAGAGCUGAGCAAGAAGAGUGCAGAUAAUUCAGGGAAGAGGGUUGGCCCUCCUCCGGAGUUGAUCUCCGAACCCAAACGGCCACGUGUGGGUCCACCCCCAGAAAACCCACCUAACCCAAACCCCCCAGCCCCUCCCCUUCCUCCUCCUCACCUGCAGGCGGUACAGGCUCCCUUGUUCGUCCCUCCUCGUGCCCGUUACCCUCCGGGUCCACCCCAGGGCAGGAUGUACCACCAGGUGAUUUUACCCCGGCUGCCCCCAGCACCCUACGUGCCCCCCCUGCAGCACUUGCCCCCCUUGAACAAUAACAACAAUAACAACAACCACCCCCAUCACCACCACAACCCUCCUGUCAACCCCAAUCCCCACCAUCACAACCAUAACAUGGACAUGAUGGAUCUGCCCAUGCACUACGGACCCCCACACCGCUACUACAGACGCUUCUAACACACACUGUGAUGAGGGUGUGUGUGCGUGUGUGUGUGAUUGUGUGUGUGUAUGGAUGGAUGUACAUGGACAUUGGGAUGCUUGCACCGUUUUCACUUUUUCCUCGCUCAACUCGGGACGUUAAGAGUGACCACACCCACAUAUUGAAAUGUCCCUUUUUCUUCUAACUAUGUAAAAAGGUCCAGGUUAAAAACUGAGAAUCUGAGGGUUAUUUCUGGUUUAUACAGAUAUUUUUGAGUAAAUAAAAAAACGAUUAGCAUUCCCUUGUGUAUCUUUUGUGUAAUGUGUGAAGCCACACAGUUUUCUAAUAAAGUUUUCUGUUCACAAAGCUUUGAAGUUAAACCAA